GAACUCAAAGAAUCAUGUCAGGAUGAAUUGGAAUUUCACAGGAAAAAGGCCAAUUGGGCAGUUAUGCCAAGAAAAAGGGACUUUAGUAACCUCUACACGCAAUUUGGUAAGGAUAGGUAUGGUGGACAGGGCGUUAUGAUGUUUGAAAGACUUGCUGAAAGGCUUGAACAAUACAAGAAAGACAACCCUGAAGCUACUACUUGUUACCAGAUAUAUAAAGGUGAUAAUACGCCUCUUAUAAUUGCUAUUGUAACGCCUCUCAUGAACCGUGCACACAAGGAAGUGCAGCAGUCUGGUGAGAUGGUUUUUGUUGAUGCUACUUCUAAUACAGAAGAGCACAAUCUUAAAGUGUUUUUAAUGUGCACAAACAAUGUAUCUGGAGCACUUCCACUUGGCAUCUUGAUCACCAGUGAUGAGCAGGAGCGUACACUUAAACAGUCAUCCUUACAGACAACUGUAAAGAGGAAAGAAAUGCUCUGA